GGAAUUCGUACCUUGAAGUAUUUUGCUACAUUUAACUUUUAAUACAAAUACCAAGAUGUGGAAAACAUUUACCAUUGAUGAGAAUAUUUAUAUGCUUAAAGUCGUUGACAGUGACAACAACGUUGAAAUAUAUUUAUCCAAUUUGACGACAAUAUGGACAUGUAUCCUUUCUCAAGAAGCAUUAGUAGAAAACUUCCAGGAAUGCAAUCCAGCUAUCGAGCAAACACCAGAAGAAUAUUUACAACAUGCCAAAAAUCUAUUAAAUGAAGUUGAAAGUGCAGAAGUUAAAAUUAUAUGCAAUGAUGGAAUAUCUAAUCUGAAAUUAAUAAUUAAAACAAACCUAACGAGUAAUUUCAAGUUUAAAUUAAAACUGGAACUAGAUUUUACACUAGCAGAGGUAAAAUUGUUCACUGAAAAGAUGACUAUACCUUUAAUACAGACAAUAAUCCUAUUAGAAAAACAGCAGAAAAUGAUGAAAAACUUGUUAUUAAAAAAAGACAGGGAAUUGGACGAAUAUCAAAUGGAAAAAGGAGAAAUAUCAAGAAGUGAUUUAAUUACAGAAAAAUUCAAUACAGAAUCAUUGAUAACAGCAAGCAAUACAUUGAUGUUGAAUGUUUUCCAAAAUCACGCUGAAGAUAUCAAAAAAAUAUACGGAACAGUAGAAGAAAAAAUUGAAGAAGUUGAAGUCGAAUCAUGGAACAGUGUGAAAAAGAAAAGGAAAAUAUAUAACAAAGAAACUGCAGAUAGGACAAAAGUGUCUAAAAUUGUAUAUCAUGGCGAAACAACUAUAAAACAGGAAAAUUAGGCUUUUGAUAUUUUUUAAUGUAACUAUGAUAGUUUUAGAUAUAUGUAUAUUCUUUGUUUUGUUAACAUUUGGUGGUUUAGAUGAUCUAUAAAUUAUUUUUGCAAUUCAUUUAGACUAUUUUGAGAUAAAACUUUAUAGUACUACUGCUGUGGUCAUACCUAACGGUACUUUAUCUCACGUACACCGUGAAUCAACAGAUUUUUCUUCUGUUUAAUUCAGCGUCCCACAUUCUUAUGGUAUAACCUUGAAUGAGCAUUCCAUGUAAUUAGUAGCAGUAUCUUGUUCAUUUAUUUUUAAAUGAAUUUUUAAACAAAAAUAAAGCUUGCCUUCACGGAAUAAUGAGAAUGACGAGGAUAAUUUGAAAUUAGAUUCUUAAUUGAACAAUUGUAUCUACAUAGGAGAUAUAAGUAGAUAAUUUGAAUUUAACUAUGGGGAGUGGGACUCUGUGGACUACAAUAAAGCAUUUAUUUAUUUGCUUUUUACAAAUUUUAAAGCCCAAAAUACAUAUUUACAUAUUCACAUAGUAUGUUCACAGUUUAAUGCUUAAAAGAAUUAUUUAGAGAUAUACUGUGGUAUAUGUUAACUGCUUCAGUUAAAUCAUGACUAGUAAAAAUUAAAAAACUUUCACUUAUAAUCCGGUCUAUUUAGUCAUCAAAAUAGUUGGCAAAUAACAAAAAUUGCCGGAAAGCCAAAUUUUGGUGGAGAGCUAGAGUUUA